CGAUGCACUCUGGUGAACUGUAGUUGUCUGUGUUUCAAACCUGGAAAAAUAAACCAACGACAAUGUGACCAGUGUCGACAUGGAUGGGUAGCACAUGCCCUAAGCAAAUUAAGGAUCCCCAACCUGUAUCCAACAAGCCAGGUAGAGAUAGUACAAUCCAAUGUGGUCUUCGAUAUCAGUAGCCUCAUGCUGUAUGGAACCCAAGCCAUUCCUGUCCGCCUUAAAAUCCUGCUAGAUCGUCUUUUCAGUGUCCUGAAGCAAGAAGAGGUAAUACAGAUUCUCCAUGCACUGGAUUGGACACUGCAGGAUUAUAUACGUGGAUAUGUGCUACAGGAUGCUUCAGGAAAGGUGCUGGAUCACUGGAGCAUAAUGACCAAUGAAGAAGAACUGGCUACUUUGCAGCAGUUCCUUCGCUUUGGAGAAACUAAAUCCAUUGUAGAGCUAAUGGCAAUUCAAGAGAAAGAAGGGCAGUCAAUUAUAAUACCUACAACAACAACUAAUUUGGAUAUUAGGGCAUUUAUAGAAAGUUGCAAUCAAAGAAGUCCUAGUCUUUCUUCUUCUGUGGACAAAAUGAGCCCUGCCAACAUUCAUCACUUUGAGAACAUUGUAAAUAAUAUGGCUUUCAUGCUGCCUUUUCAGUUUUUCAGUCCAGUGCCUCCACCUUUGAUAGGUUCACCACCAGAAAGACAUUUGCUUGAGCAAGGUCAAGACCGCAGCAAUGAAACUAAACAAGAUGUUCAGAUACCAUUUUCUGAAAGCAGCUUCUUAAUUUCCAGUUCUACUUCAUUUCAAGUUGAAAACGAGAGGAGCAUAAACAGCCCAGAUGCCACUACUAAAACAGAAGAUGAUGCCCCUUUAAGUGAUUCUAGCUCACAUAAUACAAUAACAAAGCUUGAAAGGACAGAGUUAUCUCCAGAAAAUAAAAUGAAAUCUAUUGAAAAAAAUGGCAUUGGGCCUAGAAAAGGACGAGUUUUCUGCACUGCCUGCGAAAAGACAUUUUAUGACAAAGGAACUCUGAAGAUCCACUAUAAUGCUGUUCAUCUGAAGAUCAAACACAAAUGCACAAUUGAAGGCUGCAAUAUGGUGUUUAGUUCUUUGCGAAGUCGAAAUCGUCAUAGCGCAAACCCCAACCCAAGACUCCAUAUGCCAAUGAACAGAAACAACAGAGAUAAAGACCUGAGGAACAGUUUGACUAUCGCUGGACCUGAAGAAACUAAAAGGAUGGACUUUACCAUUUUAACCCCAGAUAGCAGACCUAUUACCAGCUAUGUUAGCCAUUGCACAGAUUCAAAGGUGCAAUCCAGUUUUCCCAGUAUUGGACAGAACGGUGUUCUCUUUCCAAACUUAAAGACAGUUCAGCCAGUUCUUCCUUUUUAUCGCAGUCCAGUUACACCAGCUGAGCUUGCCAAUACCCCAGGCAUACUCCCUUCGCUACCUCUCAUUUCUUCAUCAAUACCUGAGCAGCUGGUUGCUAAAGGAUUGCCAUUUGAUGCACUGCCCAAGAAAAAAUCCCGUAAAUCGAGCAUGCCCAUCAAAAUAGAGAAAGAAGCUGUUGAGACAGCUAAUGAAAACAGCAACCUUGCCAGCUUGGAAGAUGAUACACCUCUGCAGGUGGUAAGCGAUGGAGAACUGGAGACCUGUGAGCAUAGGAUUGAAAAGCAGAUGAAUGACAGGGUGGAAAAGCACCCCAUUUCAGGUAAUUCAUGGAAAUCUCUCUCUGGGGUAGAGGGCCCAAAAUACUUUGAUUCUGUCAUUGAGCCAAAUAACAAAUACAUCAAGGAAACCUCUGAGAAUGAAUUGGAUCACUCUAAGAGAGAGGUUACGCCAGAAGAAAACCAAGCAUUAAAAAUAGCUUCUCAUGAAAUGGUGUCUGAAGAUCCAGAACACCACCACAGUGAUGUUAUAAAACCAGUGACUACAUCCUCUCUUUAUAUUAAAGAGCAGUCAAAGCACCGGAUUCCUAAUAAUGAUUGCACUGAAUUGCCCCACCACUUGCUAACUGGGGGCCUUUUCAGUGCUUUGUCAAACAGGGGUGCUGCUAUUCCUUGUUUAGAAGACUCUAAAGAUAUGGAUCAUAUCAGUCAACAUACACUAGGGAUUCAGAAGGCAGAAAGCCGCUUUCAUUGUGACAUCUGUAAGAAGACAUUUAAAAACCCUUACAGUGUAAAAAUGCAUUAUAAAAAUGUACAUCUGAAAGAAAUGCAUAUUUGCACAGUUGAGGGUUGUAAUGCUGCUUUCCCUUCUCGUAGAAGUCGAGACAGACAUAGUUCAAAUUUAAAUCUUCAUCAUAAGCUUCUGACCAAAGAUACACUGGAUUUCAAGGACAACUAUUUCAAUGCAACAUACCUCUUGAAAGACAUGGCUAAAGAGGUUUGUCAAGAUGUGUCUUUAAAACAACAUGUUGGACAGACUUCUGUAAUCUUCAAAGGAAUGAACAGAACAGGCAGCUUGGUUUUUCCACUGAGCAAAAUCAGAGAACCCUGUUCUGAGAAUUAUGGAUAUGAUCCAAUGAAUGAUGGUGCUGUUCUGGAUUUAAGCACUACUUCCAGCAUUAAGUCUGAGAGCAGUGCACACUCCUCUUGGGAUUCUGAUGGAGGAAGCGAAGAAUGCAUCAUGCCUUUGGAUGAUAGCGAUGAAAGUUGUGAAGGGCCAAGCUUAAUACCCAAUGAAGAGCUCUACCCGGACUGUAGUGUAAUUGAGAAGGCUAAUCAAAGCAUUACAAAUUUACCUUCCAAUUUGCCAAUAACUUGUCAUAUAUGCCAAAAAAAUUACAGUAAUAAAGGAACCUUCAGGGCCCAUUACAAAACUGUGCAUCUCCGCCAGCUCCACAAAUGUAAAGUCCCAGGUUGCAACACAAUGUUUUCAUCUGUCCGCAGUCGAAACAGGCAUAGUCAGAAUCCCAACUUGCACAGAAGUCUGACCAGAUCACCAAAUAGCCUCCAGUAA